AGAUGGCUGACGUAGUGUUUGUGUCUGUACGAGCUUACCGCCAUACACAUUUACAUUUAGCAACAAAUACACCAAGUUUCAUAUUUUCUGACGCCCACGAAAUGGACAUUGAGUUUGUAGCGAUGGAGUGUUAUCUGAAGUGAAGAUUGAAGACUUGAUAGAACAUGGACGAUGCUAUGCUAUGCUAUGCUAAGAUGGCCUGUGAGAAAGAAUCAGCGCCAGCAACUUCUAGAAAAUCACCAACGGAGAAAAAGAUGAAAACUGCAGAUAAAGACAUCCAGCAGCUAAUUGGUCAUCCAGAAGAACGUUCCACUCAGUCAGGAGGGAGCCCCACUUUGAAGCAGGAGACUCCACAGCCACCCCACAUUAAAAAGGAAGAGGAAGAACUCUGCAUCACUCAGGAGGGAGAGUAUCUUCUAGGACCGCAGGAGGCUGAUCUCACCAAGUUGCCACUGACUGUUGUCUCUGUGAAGAUUGAAGAUGAUGAAGAGAAACCACAACUAGACAAUCUCUUUGCUCCACUAUCAGAUAGUGAGGCUGAAGACGAGGUUGAAGAACCUUUGAGCAGCGAUACAGACUGUGAAGACAUCCAGCAGCUGAUUGGUCAUCCAGAAGAACUUCCCCCUCAGUCAGGAGUGAACUCCACUUUGAAGCAGGAGACUCCACAACCACCCCACAUUAAAAAGGAAGAGGAAGAACUCUGGAUCACUCAGGAGGGAGAGUGUCUUCUAGGACCACAGGAGUCUGAUCUCGCCAAGUUUCCACUGAAUAUUCUCUCUGUGAAGACUGAAGAUGAUGAAGAGAAACCACAACCAGACAACCUCUUAGCUCCCCUGUCAGAUAGUGAGGCUGAAGACGAGAGUGAAGAACCUUUGAGCAGCGAAACAGACUGUGACGGGAGCAGCGAAGCAGACAGUGAAGGUGAUAUGAGGACUCACACUGGCAAAAAACACUCCAAAUGCUCUAAAAAGAAGAUAGAUAAAAGAUGUUUCAGCUGCUCAUUUUGUGCUAAAAGCUUUAUUAGACCGGCUGAAUUGGAGCAACACAUGAGAACACACACAGGAGAAAAACCAUUUGUGUGUUCAGUUUGUGGUAAAAGCUUUUCUCAAAAGGGUAAUUUGGCUCAGCACAUGGUCACACACACAGGGGAAAAAACAUUCGGUUGUUCUGUUUGUGCGAAAACCUUUUCUUAUAAGACCAAUUUGACUCAACACAUGAGAACACACACAGGAGAGAAAACAUUUUAUUGUUCAGUUUGUGGUAAAAACUUUUCUCAUAAGAGCAGCUUGACUCUGCACAUGACAAUACACACGGGAAAAAAACCUUUUACUUGUUUAGUUUGUGGUCAAAGCUUUGCUCAAAAGAGAACGUUGAUUCAACACAAGGUAACCCACACAGGAGAAAAACCAUUUGUUUGCUCAGUUUGUGGCAACAGCUUUUCUCAAAAUGGCAGUUUGACUGCACACAUGAGAGCACACACAGGAAACAAACCAUUUAAUUGUUCUGUUUGUGGACUAAGCUUUUCUCAAAAGAGAACUUUGACUCAUCACAUGAGAACACACACCGGAGAAAAACCAUUUGAUUGCCUAGUUUGCGGUAAAUGCUUUUCGCAAAAGAGAACUUUGACUCAACACCAGAGAACGCACACAGGAGAAAAACCAUUUAAUUGUUCAAUGUGCGAUAAAGCCUUUUCUCAAAACGGUAGCUUGACUUUACACAUGAGAACACACACGGGAACAAAACCAUAUGAAUGCUUAGUUUGUGGCAAAAGUUUUUCUCAAAAGAGAAACAUGACUCAACACAUAAGAACACACACAGGAGAGAAACCAUUUUGUUGCUCAUUUUGCGGCAAAUGCUUUUCUCAGAAAAACAAAUUUAACCAACACAUGAGAGGACACUCCGAAUAUUUAAUUGCUCAGUCUGAGGUGAACGAUUCCAUCAUAACUCUCACUGGGGAGAAAUUGUAGUCUUC